AUGACGAAAAGACUUGCUCCGGAGAUAAAGCAGGCCCGAAGACCCAUUCAGAGGGCGUGUACUUUCUGCCACUCAAAACAUCUCCAAUGCGAUUCCACGCGGCCAUGCAAGAACUGCGUCAAGAGAGGCGUGGAGGAGCCCUGUCAAGAUGUGGAAAGACGAGGCUCGCGCUACAUGUCAACCGGCUCAGGUGGCGAAGGUCGUGUUAGCAAACCUUCGGGAAAUCGUCAUAGCCGAUCGCGAUCGAUAGGGUCUAGCGCUGGUGAUGCCAGUAUGGAGGAUGACUUUGCCAGAUCCAGUGAUGCCUCAGUUCCACCAAGACACGGAGAUCAUAUUACAGGCUACGUCCAGCCAACGGGACAACAUUUGUUCUACCUUGGGUCUAAGGUACCGAUAAAUGCGAAAGAAGAUUCUACGUCCGUAUCUGGAGACAUCAUCAACACGGCAGUUCAGCGAUUAAGUCUGAAAAAUGAAGGCGACGGGCUCGAUUCUAGUGUUUCCCCUCAUCAGCCGCAGGCAUUUCAGUCCCACCUGGCCAAUGACGAGUAUGUCAAGUUGACUGAUCUGUUAACCACGAAUCCGCCUUCGCCGUCUGAGUACUUCGAGGCCGACCUCUCGUUGAGACCGUUCAUCCAGCUCGGAGAAGACGGGUCAAUGAUCUCGUCGUAUCCAGAUAAUGCCACUCCUAACUCUUAUCAGUAUAAUCCCAAACACAGUCAGAUGCCAAAUACUGCAAGCAAAGUUCCUAACGAGAUCCAAGAGGAAGAAGGAUAUACUUCACCAUUGAUCUUACGGCACAUCAUCAGAGUGCCCGACGAUAUCUACCUCACUAACGUGGUGAAAUCUUACCAAUAUCCAAACGCAUAUCACUCACUGAUCAAAUAUCUGAAAGAACGUUUCAAUAGGGAACAACUGAUUGAAAUUGCCAAGUGCAUGGCCAAAUACCGGCCUUCAUUCAUCUCGGCCACCAAGUCGCUGUACGAGAACGAUCUUAUCUUCACUGAAAGGUCGUUCCAGAGGUCUCUACUUGAGUAUGAGAACCUCAUAUCUGUUUCUCCAUCACCAACAAUUAUCUGGAGACGGACAGGUGAGAUUGUAGCUCUUACCAGCGAGUUUGCUACAUUGACUGGUUACUCCAAGAUGUCUCUUCUCUCAAAAAGGACCUUCAUCGUGGAGCUCAUGGAUGAUGAGAGCACCAUAAAGUACUUCAAAAGUUUCAGUAAUAUGGCUUUUGGAGACUUAAAUGCAACCCAUCUCACGGAUUGUGUGCUACGAAAGGCUGUUGAAAAUGACUAUUUGCGUUGUGCAUGUGUGUGGACCAUCAAAAGAGACGUGUUUGACAUUCCGAUGUUGAUAGUAGGACAGUUUUUGCCUGUUCUUGAUUGA